AUGGAAACUGUGUUACGCGCGUUCGUGCAGCAUAUAGAUGACACCAGGGACAUAUUGGACGCAUUGGCUAAGAACUGCGAGAAUAUGGGAUGGGAUUAUAAGGACAACGACACCGCCAAGUAUAUGGGACAUACCGUAGGCGACGUACUGAAGUGCCGACUGAUGGUAGGUGCAUUAUAUUUCAUGCAGGCUUGGCAUCAGGGACUAGGAAUAGGGGGGAAACACCGACGUCAGAAUGACGCCGAUUUUGCAGGAAUUAUGAAGUGCAUAUUGGUAAAUGUUUUCGAGACGCUACUGAUGAAAUAUAAGUGUGGAAGCUUCAAGGGACCCAUGUACGCAUGGAAAAUCAUAGAUAAAAUGCAGAUGGACGGGGGGUUCCAGGGAAGAACCUCAGGAGGGGAAUGCAAGAGGAACCAGUACGGGGACAGGAAUAUAGGCAGCGGAAACCUAAAGGCGGCAGUUAAGGCAUGGUUGAGGACCCAUCCAACAGUAGAGCGACAAAUUCGACAAAUACAGCCACACCACGAUUGUAAUAAACAGUGGAAGAAAAACAUGCGCAUAGGACCAGCUGUGGGUGAAGAGGAUGGGCAGAAGGAGCAGGUCAUGGAAGGGGUACACAUAGAGGGCCAGUGGACAGACGUAGUAAAAACUGUUUUCAACACAAUUGCAAACGAGGGGGAAAAAUUCAAGGAGCAACUCAGGGAACGCAAGAGGAAGGCCAGCGGCAGCGGAGCAGUUAUGAAUGUACCGUCUGCCGAAGAUGAUACCGAGGACUCCGAAGACGAAGAGGACGACAAAACGACCAAGCACUCACCCGCCUCUGCCAAACCCGCCACGACCAAGCAGGCAACACAAAAGGAACCACAGGCACCGUCAGCCAAUGCGACCACCAAGGACGACGCGCGCGGCACAUCCCAAGACAAUACGAGCCCGCAGGCUGCGGCAGCCGCAGGAUCACAGGACGCUGGACCGGGCACAUCCCCAGCGACCAAGACUGACGCUUCGGAAGCCACAACUCCCGGUAACACAACAUGUUCUGAUAGUAGCCCCACACCUACACGUGUCUCCAUUAGUUGUGGGACUACCUCGGAUGAAGCCCUGGGGAGGCCACCCGACGGCAACACACUCCUGGAGGAGGCAGACGAGAACAAGGCAGGUGAGGACAAGAACGUAGGGGCCCAGGAUGAUUCUAAGAAGGCGACUACGCAGGACGUUCCGCACAAGCCAUCAUCACCUGCACGCGCUGCCGCACAACCAACACGGGACCCCGGUGUUCCGACAUCAUCCUCAACAGAUGGUCACAAGGACACAGAGGAGCCCUCAGUUGACAUUAACUCUCCAGCAGGUGCAACAGCAGCAAAGGAUGAAAAAGUUGCAGCCGGUACACCCCCGGGUGCCGGUGGCAAUGCCGUCGUUGAUGGAGGAAACGCUGACCCCCCUCCUCUCAAUCCACCCAAACCAAAACCGAACCCGAACCCAGAUCAAUCGGGUAGUAGUGGCAGUUUCAGUGAUGCUGAUUUGGCGGAUGGAGUUUCUGGUGGGCACGUACCGGCAGGUGGUAGUGGCAGUGGUGCAGGUGCUGGAGUUGGUGGAGCAGGUGGUUCCCCUCCUUCCAGUGGCCCCAGUCCAGACACCAAUCAGCAAGAUCAACCUAUCCUCCCCCCUACCUCGAAACCCUUCGAGCCCAAGGAUCUUGUCCCCUAUAGCCCCGCGAUCAUUCCAGCGGUUGUUGGUAUUGGGGUCAUUGCCUUUUUCCUAUGGAAAUAUCCGAAACCCAGGAACUUUUCCAACCUGAACCCUGAACCUAGUGUCCUAAACCCGGACACCUACAAAUCUAAAACCCACCAGGAUGACCUCCAGAGACAACAUGGUACUGCUUCUACAUUACAACGAAAUAAAAAUGUUUGUACAAAUUUAGCCGUGACAAUAGAAGAAGCAACUCCAUCAGAACAGGCACUUGAAUUAGAACAGAUGAAAUGGCCACAAGGGAAAAAUCCCGAAGAAAACUAUGAAGAUGCUAAAGAAACAGUGAACGCAGACGAAGAGCUCGAAGUAGACCAUGAUGGACAGGACGAAGUUCCUGAGGCUCAACAAGAAGCUUCCCAGGGACAAACAGAAGCGCCACACGUAGGCGAAGGAACUGCAUUGUAUCCUCCGGAACUCAAAAAUUAUACAAUGGACAAUCCAGAUUUUACAGGUUCGAACAGAUUCAUGCAAAACUUAGAAGAUGAUUGGGCACUAUUAGGAAUGACAUUAGAUAAGACAAGGGAAAUCAUGGUGCAACAAAAAUAUAAGGAAUGA